UCGAAUUGAAUACAUAUUAAUUAAUUCCACUUUAAACUAAGGUUCAAUAUAUUUUCGAUAGCUAUUAGCGUUUUGAACUCUAUCCCAACGACAUCGAUGACGUAGCCUCCCCUUUGUUUUCGUGUGCAUGGUACAGUCAGUGGACACUAUGGCGCUGGCGAGAAUAUCUACAUGUUGUCGGUCGUUAGUACGUGAACCCUCAAAAGGACUGUUUUGUGGUGUUUUACAGACUGGCUUGAUUGGAGGCUGCAUAGUAGCUAAGAGGCAUCUCUUGUCAGAAGAUAUUAUCAAACUACAAGACUUCCAGCAAAGAAAGCUGGCAGUGGCACACCUUGCCAAUAAAUCAAAAGGAAAUUAUUUUGAGCUAUUUCACCAGAAGCUGCAAAGGAAUGAGAUGAUAUUAAGAGACGAGCUGAAGCUUCUUCUUCACUUGUGCCAGUCUGCAGAUGACCUGGUGAUAGCCAAAGAUGCUAUACACAGGUAUCAUUCAGAGAACCAGAACCUGCUUCCUGAAGAUUUUAAGUUUGGGCCUCUCUUCAUGAGACAGUGCUAUGAGCUGGGUAUGGAGGACUUGGCUGCUGCUACACUAACAGACAAGAACCUGAGAGGCUUUUUCAGGGACGCGACCUCCUUUAACAUCGCCAUAGAUAUGUUGUUCACAAAAGGCUCUUAUGAAGAUGCCCUGGAGGUACUAAGAAGCAUGAAAAGCCAAGGUGUAAUAUUCAGCAAGGACACAACGAUACUGGCUUGUGGAACCCUCUACAAACUGAACACACCAGAGUCUUAUAGGAUCUGCAGCGCUUUGUUAGAGGAGGGGCAGACCAAGGGGAACACCCUCCCCAGACAUGCUUACUGCUUCGCUGUAGCAUUAGCAUUAAGACAGAAUGACAUUAAAAAGGCACAGUCACUGUACUCUCGGAUAAUGAACACCGACAGCAGGUUAUCCCAGAAUUUAAAGGUUGUACUACGGAUAAUGUCAGGAGCACUGAUAGAUGCUGUCUCCAUCCUGUCUGCGGCCAUGUUGUCUAGAAGUCCGUCUUUUGUGAAGAAGCCUGAAUUUUCUCAGGAGGUGAUAGAUAUGAUGCGCAGUCAGAGUGAGGACGGACCACUAAUGAUGAAAGUGGAGCAGAUAGUGACUCGGCUGGAGCGAGCCAAUCAGGUGACCCAGCAGACCCUGGAUGACAUGCUCUGCCACACACCGUCAGGGAAGAGGAAACCGUCACCGAUAACGGUGGAGAGAAGAACAAGCAGAAGUCUGAAGCCUCUAAAUUCAACUCUGAUGUUAGAGUGACAGGAGCUGUGUGCCAUCCAAAAGCCUGCUUUAUAGUAAAAAACCUGGAACAAAUGGUUAAAAAAAACAACAGACUGGCUGGAAUUGACUUUGAUAAAUUCCUUAUCUACCUCUUCAAAGCACUUACAGACUUCCCUCUAUACAUUUGACAUUUGUCCUGUCUCUAUCCGGAAUUUAAAACACCAGUCAUGUUUGUACUUCAAUAGAAAGGCUGCUGUGAGAAAAUCACAGCUGUAACAUCAUAUAAACCAGUAUGGAUUUUCUUGCAAUAAGUGCUUUGAGAAGAUUAUGUUGUAUAUAGAAGUGUGAAUGGGUGAUUAAAGAUAAAUGGAAUAUUUA